CGACCCACACCGUUUACACCUCUGACAAUAUCAUGGAACGGCAUCUAACGGUGACCAAACCCAGCCGGAGCGACGAAGUUUUAGACGAAGAUGAGCAGCUGCGAAUCGCUAACCAGGUCAAAGCCCUGUUCGAUGCUCAAGCACCUAAAAGACUCGCCAAACCUAACCGCAGUGAACCUGAUUCAGGCACCCCCAUUUCCCCUUUAGAAGAUUUCCCUAUUCCAGAGCUUGACAAUCUCCGAUCUCUUCAAUCUCAGGGUGGUAGUAUUUUAUCGGAAACUAAUUGCUCGGAGCAAGACGAGUUUGUGGAAACUCAGUACUACAAUGAGUUGGUUUCCAUUGACAAACAGCAUCACACGACUGGAAGUGGGUUCAUAAAGGUGGUCAAUCAAACGAAUGGAAACAUUUACAAUCUUCAAUUGAAUGGUGAUCAUGAGAAUGGUAGAGCGAAAGAAUUCAAGACUAAUCCGGCGACAAACGACUGGAUUCCCAGCAGUGAUGAUUAUCAGGUUGGAUUCACCUCCUCAAAACCCAGCCGGAGCGAAAGUGAUUAGAUCGAAAGUCAAGAAAGCAAUCAGAUGGUGAAGGUGGUUUGUUCUGUUUUCCUGAAUUUGUUUCUUAAUCUUGACUGAUUGGAGAGACAAAUGACAGAUGGAGAUUGAGGGUUAGGAUAUAAAGGUAGUCGAGUGCUUUUUAGUAGUAUAUAAUUUAGGUUAGGUAUUGCCUAGUUUCUUUUUCUCCCAUGUGUA